AUGAUUGUCAAGGAUAAUAUGCCACUAAACAGCACAGAUAAGCCAGGACUGAAAUAUUUUAUGAAAACUGCAAUUCCUCUAUACAACAUUCCAGGGCGGAAUAAGAUAACGUCCUUAAUCGAUGUCAAAUAUGAUUACUUAUCCGGAGUUACAAAAGAAAAGCUUAGAACUGCUUUGAGUAUAACUUUAACGACUGACGUUUGGACAGAAACUAUGAAUACCAUCGGUUAUUUAGGUUUAACUGUACAUUUUCCAAGUGAUGGUAAAAUAAGCUCUAUAACAAUUGGAGUUGUUGAAUUAGAUGAACGCCAUACUGCUACUUAUUUGGGAGAAAUGCUUUUGACAACCUGCACUGAAUGGAAUAUACAAUUAUCUAAGGUUUCAGCUGUGGUUACCGAUAAUGCUGCCAAUAUUUGCCGAGCAGUAUACGAUGUAUUUGGGAAAGAAAAACAAUUAAGUUGUUUCGCCCAUACGUUAAAUCUUGUACCGAAUAUUGUUCUUGAAGAAAGUUCAAAUGUUAAAGGACUUAUUUAUAAAGUUAAAAACAUUGUUACCUUCUUUAAGCAAAGCGUAGUGGCAGCUGACGAGUUACGCAAAGCUCAAUCUACUAAUGUUCCGUUAAAAUUACUGCAAGACGUUUCAACACGUUGGAAUUCAACGUUCUACAUGCUUGAAAAAUUUCUUAUAUUGAUAGAGAGUGUUUCAAGUUCUUUAAUAAAGCUUCCGAAAUCACCAGAAAUGUUGACAGCAUUUGAAGUAGCCACGUUGAGUGAAAUUAUGAAGAUACUUAAACCAUUUGAAUUGAUAUCAAAAGAAGUUUGCGGACAAAAAUAUGUAACGUGCAGCAAAGUUAUACCAAUGGUAAAUGCUUUGCUUCAUGAAUUAGAAACUUUAAAUCCGGAGUCAGAUCUCGGUAAAAAUUUAAAAAUGAAGCUUAUCAAUGAACUUCAAAAGCGCUUUCAUAACAUAGAGUUUAAUCCAAUUCUAUCUAUCGCCACAAUACUAGAUCCACGAUUCAAAAGAUUGCAUUUUGGUAAAGCACUGGCCUGUUCUGACGCGAUACAACGAAUCAAUCAAUUGCUGGUUAAGGUGCCUAAUCCAGACAGUAAUGAAAACGUUGUUCCGAAUACGGAUAUUAAUAAAAAUAAGAAUUAUGACAUCUGGAGUUCCAUCGCACUCUGGCUGAAAAAUCACAAAAAUUGA